UCUACUUGUGGCAGACUUACUGCUGCACCGACCUACAACUAAUUACUAUCCUACAGAAAGAUUGCCUUCAUGUGUUAGCGGGGACUCUGAUGAACUACAGCAUUGACACAGGAGUAAUGCCUCAGGUUAAUUUGUUACGUGUGUGUCUGUCCUGUUGGUCACGUCUUCCAAAUCGUCACAUCUCUAGUAGCCUUGUCUCCAAAAGCAGAUCCAUACCAACGCUGACCUGUUCACCUUCAUGUGGUUUAAGAUGGCCAACAAUGAUGGACUUAGCAGGGUUACCCAAAGCACCUGUAGUGCGACGGUAUAGCAGUGAAAGUGCACCAAAACAAUCACCUAAGACAUUUGAUUUGGAGCAGAAUGCAUUCUUUGAAAAGUAUAAGCAGAAGCUAAAGCAAAAACAAAGUGAAGCUCCUGAAGAAUUCCAAGCCAAACUGGACGAAAUGGAGGCAACAAAGCAAGCUGAGCUUGAACAAUUGAGGAAAGACUUAGCCCCACCUCCUGUAGAUCCUGAAAAUCCUGAAAGUGGAUCACAGAAAGGGGCCAUCCCUGGCAGCUGGCCACCUAAAAGUUUACAUGAAAUCAUGAAGGUGGACCUACUAAAGGACAGAACCCCAGAACAAAUUGAACAUAUAUGGAAAGAAUACCACGUAUCUAAAGAUUGUGUAUUUGGUGUUGUCAAGGAGAUGGAUUAUGAGUAUUUAAUGGAGAAGGCUCGGGUGUGUCCAGUCUUUGUGUACCCUCUACCACGACAAGAUGGAUUUGAGUUUAUCCUUUCACAAUUCAGUGGGAAAGAUGUGUACUUUACACCUUUAAUAAUGUACCAAACUCAGAAAGAAAAAGCCUUAUCCUGUCUUACGCUCACUCAUUUUCAGGAACUUAAACAAGAAAAAGGUAUCGUUCUGAUGGCUGGCCAAUAUAACAGUGAUAUUCUGACAAAAAGUGAAGCUUUAAUUUUAGUGAAACAGAUGACAAUGUACUAUAGUCAACCAGGAGUGGAGCGAUUCAACCUAGUUCGCCUAUUCAACCAUAUGCCAGAGAAAUUUCACUACCAAGAAAUAAUAUCAGAAUAUAAAAAGAUGAAAAAAAUGCUUGAGAAAGAAAUGUAGCUGCAACUAGUGUGUAUAGACAUGAUUUUUAAAAAAGUUUUGAAUAUCACUGCUAUAAUUGUACAUAUUUUUUUAAGAAGGAUAAGAUUUGUUGAAUGUUAGGAUACCUAUGUUUGUAUGUAAUAUUGGUUGAAGCAGUAUAACCUUAUUUUAUCACCCUGUCAUAUUACAUGCACAUGCAGUAAGAUCGUGUUGGAUAUGCAUGUCAUAAGAUGCUUAUAAAGUGUUGGAAAGUAUUAAUUGAAUAUUUAUAAAGAAUUCAGAAUGUUAAUAAUCAAUCUAUUAAACUGAAUAAAUUUUUUAAUGCUUUCAGGUG